AGUGGCGGAGGCGGCGGCGGAACCGGGGCCAACAGCGACGGAGUGGUCGCCCCGACCAAUGUGUCCGUCCAGGCGACCCGGCGCUUCACGAUGGAGGGCGUAGGUUCCCGGGUGGUUCGCGGACCCGACUGGAAGUGGGGCAAACAGGAUGGCGGCGAGGGCCACGUCGGGACGGUGCGCAACUUUGAGUCCCAGGAGGAGGUGGUGGUGGUGUGGGACAACGGGACGGCGGCCAACUAUCGGUGCGCGGGCGCAUUCGAUUUGCGCAUCCUGGACAGCGCCCCGACGGGAAUUAAGCACGAGGGCACGAUGUGUGACACGUGCCGCCAGACGCCGAUCUUCGGCAUACGCUGGAAGUGUGCCGAGUGUAACAACUACGAUCUGUGCUCGAUCUGCUAUCACGGCGAUAAGCAUCAUUUGAGGCACCGGUUUCACCGGAUUUCGACGCCGGGCGGGGAGAAGACACUGCUGGAGCCGCGCCGGAAGACGAAGAAGAUUGCGGUGCGGGGGAUUUUCCCCGGGGCGAGGGUUGUCCGCGGGGUGGACUGGCAGUGGGAGGACCAGGACGGGGGGAACGGGAGGCGUGGGAAGGUCAACGAGAUUCAGGACUGGUCGUCGGCGUCGCCACGGUCGGCCGCGUACGUGGUUUGGGACAACGGAGCGAAGAAUCUGUACCGGGUUGGGUUCGAGGGAAUGGCCGAUUUGAAAGUGGUGAAUGAUUCGAAGGGGACUAAUGUGUACCGGGACCAUUUGCCACUGUUGGGUGAGUUUGGUCCGGGGAGGGGGCCGCACAGCUUCCAGAUUGGGGACCAAGUGACGGUCGAUUUGGACAUUGAGAUUGUGCAGUCGUUGCAGCAUGGGCAUGGCGGCUGGACCGACGGAAUGUACGAGUGCUUGAAUACAACGGGGACGGUGGUUGGGAUUGAUGAGGAUCACGACAUUGUCGUGGCGUAUCCGAGUUCGCACCGUUGGACGUUCAAUCCGACCGUGCUGACGAUCGUAUCUUCGCCGGCUUCGCUUCUGACGGAGAGUCAAUCGCAGCAGUUUGCCGUCGGGGAUUUUGUGAAGAUUUGCAGCGAUUUGGAGCGCAUCAAGAUUUUGCAGCGUGGCCACGGAGAGUGGGCGGAAGCGAUGGUUCCGACGCUGGGCAAGGUUGGCCGGGUGCAGCAGGUUUACCACGACAACGAUCUGAAGGUGGAGGUUUGCAACACCUCGUGGACGUACAAUCCGCUGGCGGUGACGAAGGUCGCCUCGUCGUCGGAUGGGUCUACGGCGGUCACGACCAACGGUGAACGAUUGUCGGCGAUUUUGAAGAAGUUGUUUGAGCCGCACGCCUCCGGCGAUACCACGGAAGAGUUGGUCAAGGCGGCGGCGAAUGGGGACGUGGCAAAGGUUGAAGAGUUUUUGUCCGGAGCGGCCGCUCAGAAUGUGGCGUCUUCUUCGUCAAGCUCGCAGGACUCGUCGCAGGUGGUGAAGGUCGACGUGAACGGAGUCUUUGCCGGUCACACCGCACUUCAAGCGGCAAGCCAGAACGGUCACCUGGAGGUCAUCCAAGUCUUGCUGCGCUACAAAGCGGACGUUGAGAUUGAAGACAAGGACGGAGAUCGUGCCGUUCAUCACGCGGCCUUUGGCGACGAACCGGGAGUUAUGGGAUUGCUCGCCAAGGCCGGGGCCGAUUUGAACGCAAGGAACAAGCGACGUCAGACGGCUCUGCACAUCGCCGUUAACAAAGGUCACUUCAACGUGGUCAAGACACUGCUCGAGCUGAGCAGCCACCCGAGUCUGCAGGACUCGGAAGGGGACACUCCGCUGCACGACGCCAUCUCGAAGGAGCACGACAACAUGCUAUCGCUGUUGCUUGAUUACGGCGCGGACAUUACGAGAACCAACAACAACGGGUUCAACGCGCUGCACCACGCUGCCCUCAAGGGAAAUCCGAGCGCCAUGAAGAUCCUACUCACCAAGACCAACCGGCUGUGGAUCGUCGAGGAGAUGAAGGACGAUGGCUACACGGCGUUGCAUCUGGCCGCACUCAACAACCACGUCGAGAUCGCCGAACUGCUCGUCACGAUGGGCAAAGCCAACAUGGACUGCCAGAACGUCAACAAACAGACGGCGCUGCAUUUGGCCGUCGAGCGGCAGCACGUGCAGAUCGUCAAGCUGCUGGUGCGGGAGGGCGCCAAUUUGAACAUUCCGGACAAGGACGGGGACACGCCGCUGCACGAAGCCCUGCGCCAUCACACGCUGAGCCAGCUGAGGCAGCUGCAGGACGUCGAAGGCUUUGGCAAGAUCCUGAUGGGACUCAGGAAUAACACGGACAAAAAAGCUUCCGCGUCGAUCGCGUGCUUCCUGGCCGCCAACGGGGCCGACCUGACGAUCAAGAACCGCAAGCUGCAGACGCCGCUGGAUCUGUGCCCCGAUCCGAACCUGUGCAAGAUGCUGAUCAAGUGCUACAACGAGCGCAAGACCGACGACAUGGACAUGAACGCCACGGACGCGGCCCUGUCGGCGGCUGCGGCUGCGGCGGCCGCGGCACCAAGCAUGAUGCGUCCUGUCGGUGGGGGAAGUGGCGGUUCGGGACCGAAUUCCGCGUCCAGCUCGCUGCUCGGAUCGGCUGGUGCAGCGGGAGGAAUUCCGCCGGGCGUUGUGGACGCCAACUUGCUCAACGAUUUGAACAAAAUGUCCAUCCAGCCGGCCAUCAGCGGACAAUCGAAUAAUAUCGCUGGCAAUAGUGGAAAUGGUGGUGGCAGCGGAGGCGGUCAGAACGGACCUAGCCCGCUGGACGAGUGUCUGCUCUGUUCGGACCAGAAGCGCGACACCGUGUUCAAGCCGUGUGGCCACGUCGUCUGCUGCGACAACUGCGGACCGCGCAUCAAAAAGUGCUUGAUCUGCCGGGAAUCGGUUUCGGAGCGGGAAAAGAUUGGCGAAUGUCUCGUUUGUUCCGACCGGAAGGCCUCGGUGUUCUUCAAACCGUGCGGUCACAUGGUGGCGUGCGAUAACUGCGCCCAGAUCAUGAAGAAGUGCGUCCAGUGCAGGACGCAGAUCGACCAGAAGGUCCCACUUUCCGUUUGCAGCGGUGGACCGGGCAACGUAAUUACGGUUCAGCACCUGCGCGACGAAAAGAAGGAACCGACCUCGACGCAGAACCUGCUCCAGGGCAUCAACAAGAGCGGACACGGUGUGGCCAUGAACAACACGAUGUCACCGAACGUUGGCGGUUUGAACGGAACGCCGACUUCGCUUACCACCACGAAUAACAUUGGACCGGUGGCGGUGGCCGGUGGACCCGCUCCGAGCAAUCUGAAUCUGGUAGACGACGUGCAAAAGCUGCAGCAGCAACUUCAGGACAUUAAGGAGCAGACAAUGUGCCCGGUGUGCUUCGACCGCAUCCGGAACAUGGUGUUCCUGUGUGGCCACGGGACGUGCCAGAUGUGCGGCGACCAGAUUGACGGUUGUCCCAUUUGUCGCAAGACGGUCGAGAAGCGGAUCAUUCUGUUUUAAAGCACACACGACUCCUCCAACAGCUGCUGCAAUUUAUUCACCCGCGAUAAUCAAAAAGUAUCGUUUAAGAGAGCUUACUUUUUUACACACGGACACAACUAAAGUUUAGGUUUUUAAAUGUUGAUUUAGCACUGUGCGACUAAGUUUUAGCAAACUUUUUAUCCAAGACCCUCGUUUUAUCUUAAAUUCUGUUUGAUUAUGUAUUGCAUGUUUUCCCCCCACUAUUUUUUUCAAAUCUUCCCACGUUGAAUGUUUUAGUUGUUAAGCACACCCAUCGCGCGACGAAAGAUUGUGACAAGAAAAAAAAAACUCUAAAUAUACAAAUUCAAAAUUACAAUACGUUUGCCUUCAAUGUCAAUCAAUCAGAGAGAAAGAGAGAGAUAAAAAAAUCAAGUAGAACGAUUUCCUUAGCAGAACAGAAGAAUUAUCAGAAACGUAUAUAUUACUACUUAAAUACAUAAAUAAAGAAAAAAAUAGUUGGAAUAAUAUCACAAAAAAACACUCAAAACUCAAACAAAUUAGGCUGGGCGUAUAUUUGGAAGCCAAGCAAAAAUAAUA